UCUUAACCUCACGACGCGGUUUUGAACUUUGCACAAAGAUGGGAACCAGUCAUUUAUGGUUCAUCGACCGAGACGGAAGAGUUUUCCUUUUUAAUUUACGAGACAAAUCCUGGCGCCAUAUCUCUACUCCCAAACUCGGAUCAAGGAACUGUUUUAAGCGAGUUUCAGCAGUAGAACAGUGCGCGUGGGCGAUCAGCGCUAGCCAGCAGCCGUACCUGUUUGUUCAUUCCACUGAGCUACCGAUCAGAGUGAAAGUACAAACAUACGAGAAUCAAAGAUGGGGAAUUUAUGGAGGAUGGAAAGCCACAGAGAAGUCGGUAAGACCCUCAUUGCUCUUUUAUGAUUAAAUCUCUUAAGCAGAGGACCAGUAUUGAUUAAAAGUGAAAACUUCUGACAUCUUUCCCCAGCCAUUUUCAUAAUGUGACGUUACUAUUAUAAAUAAAUGCACCUCUCAGCAGCCAUCCCGUUUAUUGACCUUGGGGAUUGACCCUUGGGACAUACUUGAGCGUGGCAUGGGAUUUGCGAUUUUCAACCUUUAAUAUUACAUAACCAUUCUAUAAAAGAAGUAUUUUUAAUAAAACAAUAAGAAAAUGUUAUUGAAAUUUGGAAGUGCCUUGGAAUACUGUGCAUUGUGACAUGAGCCUUUAUCUGAACCAACUGUUUCCCCAGGGGGAGCUUUUUUGUGGAGAAAUGUUGUUCUUGGAUGGGGGGAUUUGUAAACGUUGCAGUGCAAAUGCCUGGGGGUCUGUCAAGGGUGACUGCUGAUAAAAGUGCAUAAGAGAAACUUGACGACCUCUUCAUGCUCUUAUGAGUCAGCUGUACUGUAAGUAGUGAAGGCUAGCACUACAGGCUCACGUAUUGGUUUAUGUUUGGAUGAUACUUGGCCAAUGCUUAACCAAUAAUCCAUCAAUCAUAUCCAUCAACCACUGGUCAAGUGUUGUUUGAGUACUGGUUGAUAUAUCUGCUAUUACUUAGCCUCCUAGCGGGCCCUGGUUAUUUUAGUUUAGGGUGAAGGGAGAAAUUUUUGACAAUAGGAGAGGAGGCACAUGUUGCAGAGACCCUGGUUUCCCAUUUAUGCCCCCGAUUUAAUUUGUUUACUUGCAUCAACUGUAGAUUGAAAGCAGAUCAUCUAACAACAUGAAAUUAUUGAUAUAUGACCCGAUGGAAAAUAAUCCUAUGUAUAAAGCAAACAAUGCAAGUUUAAAUUAGCAGCAAACAUGACAAACAUGCUUACGUCAGUCCUGUUCACCCUUUCAUUAACAAAAAUCUCUGCUCUAUUUGUGUCAAUCAAUAAGGGUUAUUUUAAUGAAUUUGUAAAACUUAUGUCUAUUGCCACUUCAGGUGAUGCUUGUAUGAUGUGUUAUACUUUCCUUGCUUUAUUUCUCUUGAACAGUCUUGUUUUUCUUUCAUGUCACAAGCUGACAUUCCCGUAGAAGCACCCCCCCGCUGCUUGAUUAGCCUGCGUAGCAAGCAUUUCCAAUAGAGUUAUUGUGCAAAAGUUAGAGCGGGAGCAAAAAAAAAAGUUGGAAGGGAGAGGGGAAGGGGAGAAGAGGAAAUGAUUACCCGCUAACCCCUCAAUUCUGGAAAAUGCCCCUUGAUAUUUCACGGUUCGGUUCAUUUGUAAAUUGACAGUUCGUCAAAAUAGAACUAACGAACAGAGUACCCCUGGAUUACCAGAUUUGUAAAAUUGCUUUGUUCUCUAACAGAACAUGUUCCAGGCAAUUGCAAGAACCGUAAUAAAAAAGGUUUACAAUAAAAGAAAGUUAAAACUCUGAGCAAUUGCUGCAGAGUUUCUUGUUUUUUGUUGUGUGGCUUUAUCUCAUCUGAAAAUAAUGUUGACAAAACGUCAAAAAUGAUUUGUCCGGAACAAUUCACUCCACCGGCUAUAAGUUUUGCAGAGUGGCUGCUCCUCAGCCUGUGUCUCAUGCGGAAAAAACGCGCGGAAACGCUUGCUACGCAGGCUACUGCUUGAUCCCAAAUUUUGCUUUGCAACGGUUGCAAUGCUGUUUCUGGUCUUUGGACACCAGUCAGUAGAACAAAUAAGUGGAAUAUUUUUAAAGAAUUUUUAAAAAAAUUAAAUUUAUUAAAAAUUAAUUUUUAAAAAACCUUUCUUUUGAACCCGUUAUGAGAUCUUUACCAAGGAUAAGAUGACACAAUGCUUUUCAUUGCGCCAUCUUUGAACUAAACAAUUCAAAAAGUCCCUCCGCCAUGCCGCAUUGUCAUCUGUUUCAGAAAACAUGCCUCGAAUUUCCACCAACUGGCUAAUAAUGCAUUGAGGUGACAGACUAAUUCCCAAGAGCCGGUGGAAUUCUACACACUGUCAUAGAACUUAGAAAAUGGAAAACUAGGGCCUUCCACCACCACGUGGUUGGCUUAGUUGGGAGAGCGCCGGUCUGCUGAGUGGGAGGUCGGAUAAGGACGAAAAACCAUAGGUCCCGUCUCACAGCACUUACGCUUAUCUGGUUCUUGUGGGACAUAAAAGAACCCACACCACUGUUCGCAAAAGAGUAGGGGACGUAGACCCCAGUGGUGGGGUCAACCUUCACACAUCAGAUCAUUCACAUCAUGGGAUGGGUGGGUACAGUAAGCUCAUAAAUGACUGAGAGUGGCUGCCAGUGGUGCCUUUGUAUGCUGACGUCAGAGCUUACUGUUCACAUGUUAAAAUGUAUUGUAAGAAGGCAUGUCUGUUGUCCUCUCAUACGCGGCUCUUCAUUCAUUCAUUCAUUCAUUCACUGCAGGCGACUCCUUUUCUCUUCGUGUGUUCCCCUCGUGAACUCUAUAAAAACUCACCAAAAGAAUAACCGGCACCUGCCACGCAGGGCACCCAUUAUGUCAUAAACCAGGCGGCUGCUACUGAUUAGACAUCAUUGAUCGUCGAAUAACAAACCAUUUGUCUUUUGGGGAGGGGCUCUCAUUUGCUAGUUUUGCCAAGGUUCUCUGUGGGUGCUUAUUUGGGAAUGACAUCUUAUUAGAGCGUAGGCAAUAUUAUUGUUUGAGGAAAGAUGGUAAUGGAAAGUUAUUGACCAAGAAGUAAUAUUAAGCUUCAACCAUAUACUACAGGGCUGUCAGGGGACCAGUCCCCUGAGUACUAUUGUGACAGCAGCAUGACCCCUCAGGCUACUUUCAGAGGAUAUCUUUCAUAUAUGGAGGAGAAAAGAUUGAAUUAUGGCACUAUUACUAUACAAGCAAAAGAUGAAUCCAGAAUACUGCUUUACAUAAGUUACAAGUAAAACAGCUCUGUAACCCAUAGACCUUACCCUGGUGAUACAUAUUUCUUUGUUUACCAGUUGAAAAUUGUGUUUUACAUUUUGCGUGAAUUAAAGCUGUGGAGGGGUAGUGACAUCACUGGAUAGCAUUAAUGCCCAGUGCUUUCAAAUGUCUCACUCGGGAGUGUGUGACUCAAGGAGAUGCCUGAAAUUCAGGCUAACCUUCUUCAAAAUACAGUGUUAUUUGAUAUCCUGUCUAAUGUAUCAAAAACAGCAUGGUUGGAGCAAUGUGAAUUUUGAAGAGGGAAAGAGCACAUUACAGGCCCUCAUUUCUUUGAAGUGCUUUAAUUAUUGACAAUUCUUGCUGUUUCACACAAUGUUUUUAAUUAAAGAUAAUUCUCAAUGUUUUAAAUGGAAAUCCACAACUUGUGUGUAUUGUUCUUGCAGAUAUUGAUGAAACACACAGAUCGUUGGGGAUGGAGUAGUAAAAAUGGUAAACUACAUUUACCCAAGGAAUCUUUUCAGUUGCCAUCUGUUGAGUGGAUCUGGGAAGGUGACUGGUAUAUAGAUCAUGGAAUUGAGGUGGACAAUGAGGUACAUGUAGAUGGAAUUUGUCAUACUGAAACCUUUAAAACUAACUGUAAACUUUAGGUGGGGGGGGGGGGGGGGGUAAUUAACACUUUAAAUAACUGGUAAACCUGUGGCUCACUAAGUGUCCUCAACAGUAAUUUGAGACACUUUCUAGAUCAGUUGGAAUUUGGAUACAGUCAGCUCUCUCUAAGACGGACACCUUCAGGACCGGCCUCUAGUGUCUGUCUUAGAGAUAUGUCAGGUUUAUAGAGAGUCAAGGUAAUUCGGCUAAUUAUAAGAAAAUAAAGCUGAACCUUUCGGCAAUGUAUACACAUCGGUUUUACUGUGCAAACAGUAAAAUCUGGAACAAUCUAAUAGAAAAGUGCUUUUGUGGUUCUCCACGAGGUGUUUAGAAUUGACAAUAAUGGUUUCAAGAUAUGAGCUGUUUGAGAUGAACUGUUUUUGGUUAUGCAAAUUUCUUCCCCUAGUUGUAAUUUACUGUCAUGCAGAGCACCUACAUUUCCUACUACAUAAAUUAACUUCUUAAGUGUCAGCUGGCAGUUUCAAAAGUGUCCAUUGUCCGUCUUAGAGAGGUGUCCGUCUCAUAGAGAGUAUUAUUACAGUACAAUAAAAUGACUGGAAAACAGCAGUGACCAACACCAUGUCUCCAUCUUAGGAGCUGUCCAUCUUAAAGAGGUGUUCAUUAGGAAAGAGUUGACUGUAUGUUGAUUUUUGAGAAGAGGGGGAAACUGCAGUACGUGGAGAAAAACUUUUCAGAUCAUGCAGAGAAGAGUGCUAACAGCAAAAUCUUAUCCCAAUAAUGUUGUUGAUGCCAGGAUUCAAACCUGGUCCACAUUGGUAGGAUGCGAGUGCUCUGACCUUUGCAUUAGGCAGCCUGCUUCCCCAAAUCACUUCUCAAGAUCCUUGCCUUGUUACAGAAUUACACUUCAUCAUAUGGCUGAAUCAACAAGUGGGCAUACCCGAUCUUGCCCGCUCAGGAUACCCUGCUUUGGUCUCAUAUUCUUGGUCAAUAACACAUAUGUAUGUAUUAAAGUUAGUAGCUGGAAUUUGAUUCUCCAGAAAAGAAAUGUCCUGUAUAUACAGUGUGGGACUGUUGGUGACAGUGACAGUGUUAAAAUGAUGUAACGAAGAUCAAACCCAAGUUUUGAAGUUGUAGAAAGAAAGCUUGAAAAAAUUCAGGUUUUUACGGGGCUGAGGUAAAGACAGACAAUUUUUUUUGGUGGAAAUUUCAUAGCCGCUCUUCUGAUCGAUUGUUUUUAGUGGUAGGUCUCAGAAAUCCGAGAUAAACAUCACGAAGGCUGCGUUCCCACGGCGCCAGUCAAAUUUUCGACCGGUUUAAAAAUUUGAGCGGACACGUAGUCACACGGAACCGCUCAAUAUUUUCGCUUUGUUCACACGUAAUUUUGAACGGCUAAGCGUUUGAAUUUUUGUUCGCUUAGGGAACGUGAACGCACGAAUUUUCAACCGGUCGAAAAUAUGUCAGGUGGCUGUCAAGGUUGUUUCCCUUGAACUUUUUUAUGCUUUCUCACCCAGGGACUAGGUCUCGUAGCGGGGAAUAAGGGCGAAUAACGGACUGAGGUAACCUUUUUGAAGCCAAUCUGUUACCUCAGGCAUACUAUGUAUUUAGGACCCGUUUAUGUGGAGAAAACUUCUCAUUAAAAAGAUGCGACCUUUUAAAACAUUUAGCUAUAAAAAUUGCGAACAAACUUUUCUUAAAAACAUUAAAGAAAUUGUUAAAAAAGUUUAAAAAUAUACGACGUUUCGACGCUCUCGGGCGUCAUUAUCAAGUAAAAAAAAAUACAGUACGAAAUGCUAUUCAUCAAAGAACUGAGGCCUAGCCUUAACACUCAGAGUGACUGCAUCAGUGCUAACUCUCUUUGUUCAACUGAUAGCAUACUUUUUAUAUGUUACUUUUCUUUUCAAUGAACUAUUGUUUUUCUUGUAUUUAUAGAACAUUAAUAUAAUACUAUAUUUGUUUACUUGAUAAUGACGUCCGAGAACGUCGAAACGUCGUAUGAUUUUUAACUCUUUUAACAAUUAUUUUUCUUAAAUGGUUUUAAGAAUUUUUUUUUCUCAAUUUUUUAUAGCUAGAAAACGUCUCCCGGGUGUUAGAGUCACUUGCCUACCCAAGCUACCUUGGCUGAGCCAACUUUUCCUAUAUUUCCCUGCAAGCUUUGCGAACUGUUUAUCUUGAAGUGUAACCCACCUAGGCGGGUCAACCUUUUUCGAUGAUAGGGUCCCCUUCCUAGUCGGCCCAACUUUUCUCCAUAUACACUAUAAGCGCUUCGUUGGCUCACCCAGCUUAGUCAACUUGACCUUUGACCAAGGCAAGACAAUCAGAGCAUGCGCGAGCGCUGUUGUCAGCUCGUGGCUCGGACAAAGGGGUCAACUUUUAUCCAUCUAAAUGGGACCUUAUUGCAGGCGGCAAGAGGGACCUGCGAUGAUAAUCUUCAGUUUGCUGUUACGCAUGCACGGCACGUACGUAUAUACCCAGCUUCGUUCGGACUUAAACUAGGAAUGAAUGGAAUACACAGGCACAGAACGCAAUCUGAUCUGAUGCGCGAGUUUGGACCUCUUUUGUUCUAUAUUGAGGGACAUAUUCAGAUUACCCGACAUCGUAUCACCAUCUUUGGCUACAUGUUGAUGAACUUAAAAUUUGUUUGCUCCUUUUGAACAUCUAUCACGUGAGUCUUACGCAAAUCUCUUUGAGCAAAAGCGUUCGUCGAUCGAUGUCACCCGCAGUCUAUAACCUUUGGUUAUUACUAAUUGUUAAUAGUGUACGCUUUUUUUGUUUCAUUUCCUUUAGGGAUGGCAGUAUGCGGUUGACUUUCCAGCAACUUACCGUCCGAAAAAUUUCGCUUUGGCAUGUGUGCGAAGACGUUUAUGGUCACGAUACUACAGAUUCGAUGGCUAUGAUCAGUGGAUAAAGGUUGGCUGUCACUGAAACGUCGCUUAGAAGUGAAUUUACAUUGUUUUAAUUGCUAUUAUUCCAUUUUGUUUCAACUUUUUAAAUAUGGGCGAAUUUUAUUGGAGUUUGCGUACUUAAGGACCGUGUUCAGGUUCAGAAGAAGAAAGCAGAAAUAUUUGUUAUGUGUGUACGUCCUCCAUAAAAAUCUCGCAUCGUUGUCGAGCAUUGAAGGCUAAGGAAAUUUGCAAAAAGCGUGAUGUCGAAGCAAAAUUAUUUUUUGUUUUCUUAUUAAACCUAUUGCUUUUAUGAAGUUCUCCUUGCCGUCACUGCUUUUGGUUGCGUAAACGCCCUUAUAGGCAAGGUGCGGAGGAUUGAACUCUGAAGAAUGCGUAACCACCCGUCUGGCACUCUUGAUUCACGUGGGUUUCUUAUAAAUUGUACCCUUAGCUCUCUAGCGUCUCUCUGUAAAGUUGAAUAUGUGACCGUGGGGGUUGUGGGUACGAGAUUAAGUAUGCAUGUGAUUGGUUUAGGUUCCUGGUUUGAGCGAGGACCCUUGUCAGCAGCCAUUUCAAGAUAUCGCUGUGGGUGGUACAGCUAUUCCCGGACAGGAGCCUGGUUACUUAGCUGUCUGGGCCGUCACGUUUCAAGGCAAGGUUGGUUGUAUUUUGAUUCUUCUCGCGCACAUUCAAUGUGACACUGCUUUCGUUUGGUGAAUAGUUGCGUGGAGAAUUCCCACAGAGGUGAAAGUAAAAUGAAAGCGUCCUCUGUUUUGAAAAGAACCCUCUCUUCUUAUCCUACCUAUAAAGUAAUCGCCUGGACGAUAAUUCCGUCUUUUCCGUGUACAUCAUCCGCCGCCCGGUUAGUUCAAUUGGAUAAGCGUCUGUCUGCCGAGCGGGAGAUCGCGGGUUCAAAUCCCGGCCGGACCAACAUUCAGGGUCUUAAAUAAACUGAGGAGCCGGAAUGUGCUGUCUUUGUUGUGACAUCUACAAAUUGUUAGCCAUUCUAGUCUUUUCGGGUGAGGACCAAAAACCGUAGGCCCCGUCUCACAGCUCUUUCACUGUUCUGAUUCUUGUGCGACGUAAAAGAACCCGUAUUGCUGUUCGUAAAGAGUAGGAGGCGUAGUCCCCGUUGGUGUGGUACAACCUUUUAUGGGUUGGGUGGAUAUUGAAGGGUUUCAUAUUCUAUUGGGACGUAAGUCCUGUUUCAUCCCCUGUCACCGUAGUAAACUCAAUAAAGAUAAAUAUCGUUAUAUUUUCCUUACGUUUUCCUGGCCUCUUGUUAUUCAGGUUGUAUACCGAUCAGGAAUAUCAGAAAAGUGUCCUGAGGGUGAUAAGUGGAUCGAGAUUCCCUCCCCACAAGUUAGCAUCACGCAGCUUUCUGUGAGCCCGUCAGGGAUAGUAUGGGGAGUCACCUGGGAGGGUGUGGCUGUUGUACGGAGUGGAGUCACCUGCUAUGAACCCUUUGGUGAGUAGUGGCCACUUUAGGAACGAGAAGGAACGGAAGACUUCUGGGACUGUUACUGGGGACAAGGGGGUCCCCAUCCAGUAACGAUCCCAGAAACCAUAGCGGGACACAUUUUGCUCUAGUUCCCUCUCGUUUCUUUAAUGGCGAAUUCAGACGAGUUGUUCCUCGCUCAAUUCAUACAACUGUACACUACUAAGAGCCGGCCUUAUUUUCUCGAAGUAUUCAGAGACCCUCUGUGCGAGAGGUUGGGAGUUCGAUUCCGAGGUAUGGCUUUAACCAAUGGGAGGCACUCCCUUAUUUGUCCUAAACGGGUAUGCCGCUGAAUAGGGUAUGGUUUUCUGGGUCUUGAAUCUUGAACAGGGUGUCUUUUUGGAGUGAAAAGCUUAAAAAAAAAGCUUUUCCCCUAAAAUAUCUAAUUCGUUAAUGAAUCGGGUCACCAGGGUUAUGAAAUAAGUAGUAGCGAGGACAGGAACCUACUGAGACGAAAACAUUUUCAGAAGUAAGGACUGGAAUUAAGUCCACAAAUCGCUCUUGGCCAAUCACCCUGGCACAAAGUUCGAUGCGUGUGAACGCCUUGUUUCAGUUCUGUUCCGUCGCCGUUAUACUGUACGGAUAGCUUUCCAUGUCGACACGAAUAGCUAUGCGGUAGAGAUAAUGACUAUUUCGAGCUGCCGACAUUAUGACAUAUAUACCUCAUCGAAUACAGCGCGCCAUUUUGAAAUGGCUAUGUAGGGCACAUGUGUGUGUUCACUUUCAUACGAACGCAAUGAGCCAGAUGGCGAAUUCGUAGGAAAGACAGCAAAAUGCUAAUCAUGAGCUGUUUUGAUUAAAUGACUUUUUUUAUGUCAGCAACUUGAAAGUCGUUUAAACGCAUUUAACGUCUGAGACGUUAUAGGCGACUGGUGUAAAAACGGGACGCAUGAAAGUCGACGACAAAAAAAGGUUUUCUGAUCAAAAGACACAGCAAUGUCUUUUUCCAGUCGUCUCCGGACGCGUUGCGCUUAAAUGCGUCCCAGUUGAUUUAAGGCGUCCCCUUUUUGUACUAGAUGCAAUUAAGUCUGAGGCUUAAACGUCGCCUGGCUUUAAAUGCGUUUGGCUUAACAAAAACGGCCACUAUGUUUGUGAAUUUUGAUUAAAGGGACAAUGUGGGAGAAAGUUGCUUCACCAGACGUGCCACAAGAACUGGGUCCUUGUCGCUUGCUACAAGUGUCUGCUGGACUGAACAGCGUUUGGGCUCUCACAAAGGAUGGACAGGUACACACCUGAAAACGCUUUUUACGUCAUGCGAAAAAAUCUUUACAAUUCAGCCAUGUAUAUUUGCGUUAUUGACCAAGCGUGAGGUCAAGAUGCUCAGUCAAAAGAUUGAACUUCCGAGCGAGUAGAAUAGGUCCACCUGCCUGCUCGGGUAGUCAAUCAGAACACAGGUUUGGCUUCGUCUUGCGCGCUGGUGUAGUCAACCAUAUAAUAGGGACUUACUAUCUAUAAACGACGGCGGUAGUGAAAACGUCCGCCUCUCAAAAGCUGUGUAUGCGUCGUUUUGAAAUUUUUCGCGAUUAUUUCAACUCGUCCAGUCCUCAAAGUGGGGAAAUACGCUGGAGCCGAAGAGAGAGCCGUACACGUUUAAAGAGUACUUUAAACUUGGUCAUUUCACGUCGUAGCUGUGUAAGGAAGACGAAGUAAGAGCGUGAUGCCCGUGCAGAAUUGUUUUGCUCACUAACGUAUUGCUUUUUUGACGUUCUCGUUUGCGUCUUCGUCAUAGUUUCGGCACUUUCCGUUUAUAGUCAGAAAAUGGCUGGUUAGAAAUUCGCUAUUAAUCAGAAGUGUUGAGCUAGAUCAAUGUAAAAAAUAAAAUGGAAAGAGUAAUUUUUACUCACCGGUGAAAUAGGUACAGUUGAACCUCUCCAGAACGGCUACCUUGGGGACAGAAGAACGUGGCCCUUGUAGAGAGGUGGCCGUUGAGAGAGGUUUAAACAAGAGUCAAUGUAUAGACUGUCCGCCAAAUAAAGUGGCUGUCGCGAAGAGAUGGUCGUUGUGGAGAGGUGGCCGUUAGUGGAGGUUCGAUUGUAGUACGUACUAUUAUGAAAUUAAUUCCGUUGUCUUCUUUUUGUAGCUAUUUCGUAGGCAGUAUAGUAGGGAUGUUUUACUCCUUUUUUGAAGUGAAAUCUCGUUAGUUCGAAGGGGAAUACAUUAAAAAAUCAAUGACGUCAUCGGUGUUAAUGUAUUCCACAGGAGCAAAACAUCCUUUCUAUACUUCUUUGGUAUCAGUUGUCAGUACCUGUUGCACGGGGAAAGUAAAAUAACUCUAGUUAAAUCGUUAGCUACAAAGUGAUAGCCUGAUAUUUGAUUCGUCCGAUCAUCACGUCCGACCACAGAUAGGAUUUCAUCGUACGUAGGUAGAGUUUCCGUCGGACAUUGUCCGAUGUCUGUCUAUUAUUUGCAGCUCUGUCUUUGAUUUCUGUGCAGGUUUGGUUUAGGAAAGGUCUGUCAAGAGCAAAUGGCCAAGAAAAUGCGGUAACUGGAUCAAAGUGGGUGGAAAUGGUCGGAAAAUUUUCUCUUAUUACUGUUGGAUUGAACGAUCAGGUUAGUACUUCAUCUACGCCGAUGCAGACGACAUGGCAGCAGGGAGAACGGAAACGCCGCUUGGGAUUUUAAGCAACCAGGACAGCGACGGAGAUGGGGACGCCCCUUACAAAGUGUGUGGUUUCUUGGUGUUGCGGACGUGUGCAAUCACCAAAUGACGUAAUACAAAAGAUUGAAAAAGCACUGAACAAUACACGCACCACAACACAAAAGCGAACCCACAAUGGUUUCCGCAACACUAAGAAACACCCACAAAGUGCAUGCACGUUCUUUGACGAUUAAUAGUGGUUAUUCCAACAGGCUCAAUUGGUUAAAUGAAGGCGGGUUUUCCUGGAGUUGAAUUUUUAAGGAGCAUACCAAAGUUAAAAAAUAGGAAGAAAAUUUUGUCGUCGAGUGUUUUCACGUCCUCUAUAAUACGUCACACUGGAAAGUUUCACGUCGUAGUCGUGCAGUGACGGCGGAGAAAUGUCAAAAAAGCGUGAUGCAUCUGAAGAGUUGUUGUUUGGUAAUAGGUGCGUUUGUACUAGACCUGUUCCCAAAGCUGCCCUUGCGGAAAUGGCUGGGUUUGGGUUCACCGUAGGUUUUGAUUUCUUUCAUGUUUGCGGUUACACAGUAAUAAUAAUAAUAAUAAUAAUAAUAAUAAUAAUAAUAAUAAUAAUAAUAAUAAUAAUAAUAAUAAUAAUAAUAAUUAUUAUUAUUAUUAUUAUUAUUAUUUAAUAUUUAUAUUGCGCAAAAUACAUGUAAAUAUGAUCAAAUGCUUUGGUUUCCUAUUAACCCAUAGAACCUACGUCGAGAACUGUCAUGGGUAAUUCUUUCGUUCCAAUUUCCCCGAGGCAAUUUUUCCAUAGGGAAUUCGGUCACACAGAAAAAUUGCUUCCCCGUGGGUAAGAGCCAUUUGCCUGUGGGUAAAACUGCUAGCGUGACCACACCUUAUUAAACCGAUUGCUUUCCUCAUUGCCGUCGCCGUCGUGGUUGCUUAAACUCCCCACUAUUAAUAUAAAUUUUGGUAUUCUCCAAUCAGUCAGUGUAAGACGAAGACUGCGGACUGCGGACUGCGGACUGUAGACUGUGGACCAGGGGUAAGAUGCAGACUGCGAGUAAAAUGCAGACUGCAGAAGUUUUAAACAUUUGUGCUCCUUCUUCUCCAAAUAGCUAGCUGGCACAUUCGCCAGAAGUUUCAUUGAACAUCCGAACAGCAAAAGUGUGCGUACCUUGAUUUGCGAUAUUUUCAUAGAAGGUUAUCCAGCAGAACAUCUUUCUUUGUUCUUGGAAUGAUUUACUCCCUUUUUGAUCACCGUUAUUCUUUCUGUACAGUAUUCUGGGUCAGCAGCUUUUAUUUAAGUGUAAACAUCUUGGUUUUGUACCAAUUCACGGUCACGUGUAUCGAAAACUUGGAGCGUGAGGUCUCUAGAACGGAGAAAAGGUUCCAAGAUUGCGAUUGUGUUUUCGGGUCGUCGACGACGUUGAAUGGAUUUGUGAAAGCAGAUGUCAAGUAAGUGAUCGUUUACAUGCAUUUGCGGGAUUUUUUUGCCCUUAAACUCUUCCGCAACUACAGUUUAUGCUCGGUCUGCAUUUUACCCCAGUCAGCAGUCCUCAUUCUGCAUUUUGCACCCAGCCUGUGUUUUACUCUCAGUCUGCAGUCUGCAUUUUACCCCAGGUCCGCAGUCCGCAGUCCGCAGUCCACAAUCUAUUUUUUACACCGGCCGAUUCUCCAAUCGCGAUUAUUUCGACUCGCUGAAACUGCCAUUUACAGGUGAAAUUUUUCAUGGUUGAAUUCCUGGUGGCCACACACAUGUUUAGAAAAAAACAAAUCGUCAUUUAUAUUUGGUGUUUACGUUCUCCAUGAGACGUCAAGUAAAGAAAUGUCACUCCUUAGUGGUGUUGUGACAGUAAGGUAGUAAAAAAAACUGUGAUGCACGAGCAGAGUUGUUGUUCUGCAAAUUAAACCUAUCAUUUUUCUUCGUUAUCUUUGCUAUUUUAUUUCGAGGAGCAGGAAUUGAAAGAAGUCUUGUCAUGCGUUGUUUCCGCAUUCUUUGAAAGUUUACUUUUAUUGUCUCUAACCUUUCUCAACUUUCUAAAAUGAAUUUUAGUUUAAUAAAUGAGCAAAAGCGUUUUGAGCCUUUAACACUCUCAAACAGUAUCUCUUCCAAUCUUUCGAUUAGUAAUACUUCAAACCGUCUUUUGCAGACAAUCUGACUGGCAAUUACUUAAAAUUAUUUAACGUCAAUUAAAGGGGACUUACUUGAAAUUUUUUAGGGGGACUACUGGCAUGAGCCCGCUGAGGCGUCUCCUACUUGUCUUAUUCAAAAACUGAUUUGCAAUAGCAAGCUUUCGGUAUAUUAAAAUUCAGCAUGAUAGCGAGUCUUAGAGGACACAAACAAAGAAAAUGAAUAAACAUGAAUAAUCAUGAUUUAUUCAUUUUCCUUGUUUGUGUCCUCUAAGGCCCGGUUCAGACGCCGCUCCACUCAUGUGCCGAACAUAACUGAGUUUGGUUCGACUUUGGAGCAACAUUGGCGUGACAUCUGAUUCAGACGGCGCACCGUGUGUCGAACCUAAUCUUUAUUUCACGUAAGGACUUAUGGGAAGAUUUAUAAAUUAUCAUAAUGUAUGCAUUUGAUUCGGCACAUGAGAAGAACGCCGUAUGAAUCACCUGCCGCUCCAAUGUCGAAUAAUGCGACAGACCCUGUCGAACUUAACGUUUUUGCCGCACCAAAUUAAAACUGCCGUACCAAACUGAUUCAGACGCCACUCUUUUGCCGUACUAAUACCUGAUUUAGGUUCGGCACAUGAGUGGAGCAGCGUCUGAACCGGGCCUAAGACUCGCUAUCAUGCUGGAAGUUGCCUAUUAAAAAGUUAUUAGAAAAAUUUAAAGUCAUUAAUUUAUUUCACACUUAACAUUUCCUUGCUAAAAGUGGUAAAUAUGACUAGGCGGCGCUUUGUUUGAGCACUUAAUGUUCUUCGAUAAAGAAUUUCUUUUUUAAGUUUAAAAUGUCGGGACCGUGUCCAACUGUGCUUACACUGAUAUAUACAUUUUAUAUGUACAUUGUGCGAUCUUGUUGGUUAGAAUUUUCUUUGAGUUAUCGCUUGAUUUACUUAUCACGUGGUUUAAUGUUCAAUUUAUCGAUCGCCGCCUUGUAGGGAGAAACGUUUGCAUUCACCAGUCACUUCUUGGACUUGGUCACUCCCCGAAAAUGGGGCUGCGUUUCGGGACUGAGUUUCGUGACUUCCUGCUCUAAAAAAUAAAAGUAAUAAUGAUAAACGAUAGCAUUCCUGAAUUUUCUCAUCCGAACACGCCCUCCACCGCUUAAGAAAAUCUUUCUCCUUUCUUAACAACUCAAUAUUGCGGCUAAAUAUUCGCUGAUAAACGUGACUACUUUGAGACUUAGCAUCCCAAAUUCCAAAUUGGGGACAGUUAAUCAGUCUUUUAUACGCAUUUUAAUUUAGUCAACAUUUUUUUGUCAUACCUGCAGACAUAUAGCGAGGAAUGAUAAACGUCCAGCCAUUAUCAUUAACUAAUUAUUGCAGACUACAAGAGCAACUCUGUGGUUGUGAUAGUGGCUUCAUGUGCCAAUCAAAACAAAAAAUUGAACAAACAAAAUACAAGCUUCUCCUCUAUGGGAACCUCUUUUCAUUUAAACGCAAAAAUGUGGUUUUGUCUACGGAGUUGAAAGUAACCAAGGACUAGUGCAGUUGAAAUGAUAAAACCAAAAGUUUUCCUUCUAACUGUGCAUGACCAAGCACCACAGUUAGUCAGCCGAGCCGGGACUGGACCAUCUUCAAGUCCAACCUAGGGGUGUCAAUAAAUGUCUACUAACCUUAACGUUUGAAAAUCCAAUGUCACGUUGUCUCCAAUCAGCAUAAAAGGAGCCCAUUGUCCAACGUCAGAGAAGCCGUUUUCUCUCAUCCACUUCAUGGCCUGGUGAAGAGAUUCACUGGCACUUUCCCUACGAACAAGGUGCUCGUAGAAACGACUCAUAAACUGCAUUGUCGCUUCGUCGUAUAUGGCCCACAGUGCCACCAACACUGACCGUGCACCGGAUCCUAAAAAUGCUCGAGCAAUACCAACCACUCCCUCCGUCUUGAUCUGUCCUUUUGCACUGUGACAACAGCUAAGGACUACCAGUUUGGCUCGCAGUCUAACUUGUGAAAUGUCAGCCAUUGUCAAUAAGUAGUCUUCUUCUUGAGGUUUCCUAUCAGUAAAAGGUGGAGGGGCAAGAACAAUUUCUCCCCUUUCGGCAUUGCCGUGACAAGCUAAAUGUAUCAGAGAUACUGAAUUUAUGUUUUUAAGGACCGCCUGCUUUGUUGCCUGCUUUCCUAGCAGAGGUUGAAUGCCGAGAUGUUUUUCAAUCAUCUCUACUUCGUCGCCUGCAAAAGGCAGCCUCGAUAUUUGCUGAAGAUUUCCCUUGUAAAGCACCUCACCCACAUCAGGGUCCCCUACUAUCAGUGCACCAGUGUGGCUGUGAUAAUCUGCUGGACUGUCCUGAAUCAUUUUGAGAGUUGUCAAAGAGGGAAUGAUGCGAAUCCUGAAAGACUCGGAUAAAUACUUUCCUUUUUCGUCCUUUAACGCUGCAAAUGGAACUGUGAAAAGCAAGCGAUCAGGAACAAUGAUGAUUUCGGGUUUAUCAAGCAGUUCAGCGACAGGAGCGAUGAUCAUUUUGUAACCAUCGGCAAGAGUAAGGAUGUGCUGCUGGUCGUCUGCAUCCUCUUCUACAAGGCGGGACACUGUGAGACUAUUUUCUUGUGAUGACUUGCGCUUUUGGUGUAAGAGAUCAUUUGAAGGAAACCAGGAUCGAUCUUCGCAUUGCUCCGGAGCUAAGCACUGUACCUUUCUGUAAAUCUCGCUGGAAAAAACGUCAGCCACUCUGCUUGCUGAUCGUUUGCCAGCGAAACAGUCAUUGACGUUUUUGUGUCGCAAAAUUAAUUGGUUGUCUGCUUUAACAACAAACAAAUUAAUACAGUCCUCAUAGUAUGAAAUGUAAAGACAAACACAGUUGUUUUCUUUCUUCAUGAUUCUCUGAAUACCAUCCCAUGCCUGUGGACAGACUGAUCUUUCGUUUUGUGUGGAGUAUUGGGCUGACAUCAAGUCUGCUAGGGCUCUGCCUCGUCCAAUUUCCUCUGUGUAAAGACCUUCGUAAGGAUUCCCAGUAAGGCAAAGCAACUGACUCAUAAGUCUAUAGUAACUACUGGUCUUGUCAAAAUACGAUAUCUUGAAUUGGUCAUGCUCUUUCAGAAAACGGCGAAUAACUUCUCUAUUGUUAAUGCUUGCAAAGAAAUGUGAUUUAGCUUCAUGUGUGUUGUCGAUUAUCGUGCAAUAUGAAAUAAUUAAGUGGGUUAAUAACUCUUGUUCUAUCUCCCCAAUGUCUUUAUAUAUUGCGAGUGCUCUUUCUAAAUAUUCUUUAGUCUUGACGACAUCAUCUCUGUAAAACUGACGUGCUAGAAGUUCAUACAGUUUUGCUUCUGUUUUCCUGUCGCCGAUUUUUUCGGAGAUUUCAAUUGCUUUUUCUAAAUAUUCUUUAGCCUUGCCAAAUUCUCCUCGAGUUUGAAAGAUUACUCCUAGGUCUCCGUAGCAUGUGGCUUCUGUUUUUCUGUCACCAAUUUUGUUCGCGAAUGCAAGUGCUCUUUCCAGGUAUUCUUUACCCUUGGUAUAUUCGUUGAGAGACUCAAAGACUUUUCCUAGGUUUGCAUAGCAUGCGACUUCUGUUUUCCUGUUGCCAAUUUCUUGUGCGAUUGCGAGGGCUUUUUCAGAAUAUUCUUUAGCCUUGACAUAUUCACUGAGACAAUGGAAGACUCUUCCUAGGCUUACAUAGCCUCUUGCUUCUGUUUCCCUGUGGCCAAUUUUUUCAGCGAUUGCAAGUGCUUUUUCUUGACAUUCUUUAGCCUUAACAUAUUCACCGAGAGAAUGAAAUACCAUUCCUAGGUUUACAUGGCACUCGGCUUCUGUUCCCCUGUCGCCAAUUUUUUCUGCUAUUGGCAAUGCUUUUUCUUGAUAUUCUUUAGCCUUGACAUAUUCACCGAGAGAGUGAAAGACUCUUCCUAGGAUUACAUAGCAUUUAGCUUCUGUUUCCCUGUCGCCACUUCUUUCAGUGAUUGAGCGUGCUUUUCUAAGGUAUUCUUUGGCCUUUGCAUAUUCACAGAGAGACUGAGAGAUACUUCCUAGGUUUAGAUAGCAUGUGGCUUCUGUUUUCGUGGUGCCAAUUUUUUCUGCGAUUGCAAGCGCUUUUUCUUGAUAUGUUUUAGCCUGGUCGUAUUCACCGAGAGACUGAAAGACAACUCCUAGGUUUUCAUAGCAUUCGCCUUCUGUUUCCCUGUCGCCAAUUUUUUCCCCUAUCGCUAUUGCUUUGUUGAGGUACUUUUUGGCCUUGCCAUAUUCAGCAAGAAACCAAGAGAUACAUCCUAGGUUUAAACAGCAUUUGGCUUCUGUUUCUCUGUCGCCAAUCUGUUCUGCUAUUGCAAGUGCUUUUUCUUGGUGUUCUUUAGCCUUGUUAUAUUCACAGAGGCCCUCGAAGACUCUUCCUCGGUUUACAUAGCAUUUCGCUUCUGUCUCCCGGUCUCCAAUUUUUCUAGCGAUUGCAAGUGCUUUUUCUUGAUAUUCUUUAGCACUGUCAUAUUCCCUGAGAAAAGGGUAGAUACAUCCUAGGUUCACAUAGCAGUUAACUACUGUUUGGCUGUCGCCAGUUUUUGCGGCGAUUGAAAGUGCCUUUUCUUGAAAUGUUUUAGCCUUGACAUAUUCACCGAGGGACUGAAAUAUGUUUCCUUGGAUAACAAAGCAUUUUGCUUCUGUUUCGUUGUCGCCAAAUGUUUUUGCGAUCGCAAGUGCCUUUUCUUGGUAUUCCUUAGCUUUGUCAUAUUCAGAGGUCGGAUGACAUAUACAUGCUAGGUUUAUAUAGCAGUCGGCUUCUGUUUCCCUGUUGCCAUUUUUUUCUGCAAUUGCAAGUGCUUUUUCUUGAUACUCUUGAGCCUUGACAUUUUCACCGAGAAAAUUAAAGACUUUUCCUAGUUUUACGUAACAUGCGGCCUCUGUUUUUUUGUCGCCAUUUUUUUCUGCCAUUGCAAGUAGUUUCUCGAGGUAUUCUUUAGCCUUUACGAAUUCACCAAGGGACUGAAAGACUCUUCCUAGGUUUUCAUAGCAUGCUGCUUCUGUUUCCCUGUCGCCAAUUUUUUCUGCUAACCCAAGUGCCUUUUGGAGACGUUCAUUGGCCCUGGAAUAUUCACAGAGGCACUGAGAGAUAAUUCCUAGGUGUGCAUAGCAUUUGGCUUGUGUUUCCUUGCUGCCAAUUUUUAGUGCGAUUGCAAGGGCUUUUUCUUGACAUUCUUCAGCCUUGUCAUAUUCAUGGAGAGACCGAAAGAUACUUCCUAGGUUAACACAGCAUUUAGCUUCUAUUUCCUUGUCGCCGAUCGUUUGUGCAAUCGCAAGUGCCUUUUCUUGAUAUUCUUUAGCCUUGGCAUGUUCACCAAGAGACUGAAGGAUACUUCCUUGGAUAUCAUAGCAUUUGGCUUCUGUUUCCCUAUCGCCAAUUUUUUCUGCGAUUGCUAUUGCUGUCUCCUGAUAUUCUUUAGCCUUGACAUAUUCACCAAGAAACUGAAGGGUAAUUCCCAGGUUUCCAUAGCAGUUGGCUUCUAUUUCUCUAUCGCCAAUGUUUUCUGCGAUUGCAAGUGCUUUUUCUUGACAUUCUUUAGCCUUGACAUAUUCACCGAGAGACACAAAGAUUCUUCCUAGUGUUACAUAGCAUCGUACUUCCACUUCUUUUUCUCCAGUCUCUAUCCCAAUGCUAAUUGCUUUCAAGCAAAGCUCUUUUGCCUUACCGUACUCACGUUGGCAUUUAUAUGAUUCCGCCAUGGAACAAAUUACUGUUCCUUCUAAAGUUUUGUUGCCAGUCUCUCUUGAAAUGACGAGAAGCCUUUUGCCACAUUUGAUUGCAUUCCUGUGAUCCUUAAUAAGACGGUACGCUUCAGACAUCUGUACAUAAACCAUUAAAUAAGUUCGCCUAACAAACUCCUUUUCAUAUUUUAGUGCUUUCUGGCCGAGAAGAAGUAAAUGUUCUUUGCAUAACUCGAUGGAUUUAUGAACACGAUUUGUGUUAAGGAGGUACAAAGAAACAAAAACUGUGACCUUGAUGGCCCACAUAACCUCUUCUAUGCUGUACAUGACAAGAUUUUAAGAGCUGAAAAAAAGACAAAAAGAAAAGAUAAAGAACGUACACUAGACGAAAAAAAACAGAAACAAUGUACAGUUGAUUAAAUCAGUACUUGAUCGAAAUACCUUCGUGAUCGCCUUAUCAUCAUCAUUUAUUUUAUCGUGGUAAAUGUAAAUGUAAAUGUAAAUGUCGCGAUUGAGAGGACAAACAUACAUGUCCUCUUUACAUAGCUUUUUGCAGUGGGCUCGGACAUCAGCAUACUAAGGGCGCCGAUGGCAGCCGCUAUCAGUCCAUUUAUGAGCCCACUGAACCCUCCCAACCCAUGAUGAGUGAUGAUGUAAGUGAUGAAGAUAGACCACAACACCGGGAACUACGUCCCCUACUCUUUUCGAAUAGUGUGUGGGUUCUUUAACGUCCCACAGAGUUAUAUGUGAACAAGGUUUGUGAGUCAUUACAAAGACAGCACUUUCUCCUCAGUUGUUUUUAGACCCUGUUGUUGGUCCGAAUUCGAAAUUUUAAAAACUGGAACCGGGCGGCCGUGGUUUUUUUUAAAAUGACGUCGCUUUUUUAAAGGCAAAAUGAUACAUAAUUAUCAAUGGCCAACUUUAUCGUUCUUCAGAAAAAGUUCCGUCUUUAUGCGGGUUUGCGUAGCUUGAAAAAUACAGCAAGGCUUUUAUAGCAUGUUUUAAGUAAAAUGCCGAUUGGUGCAGGUGAAGCCGGAAGUUUAAAUAAACCGCUUGCUUGAGGUAAAUAUUGGGACUCUCAAUCACUCAUUCACCUGAUAAACGAAACAUUUUGUUUAAAAAAAAAUGCUAAAUAUUUAAAACUGUAGGCUAAGAAACAGCCGACAUAACGUAACGCCGCAACUGGUUUCCCCAACAAAUGACGUCUGAGGAACGAGCGCAGAAAUUCCAUACUGAUGACGCGUCACUACCCAGAUCUGGGUAGUGCUUCUGAUUGGUUGAAUAUUUUUUUGAUCCAAAUAGAAGAGGGUGUCUUAUUUAUUCAUUUUUUAUCAGAAGCAACACUCAGAUCUGGGUAGUGAAGCGUUAGCUAACCUGAGAUCAGGCACUAUUUUUGUUUCGCUUUGUAAAUAACAUUCCGGCGGGCAAGGCAAUAAACGAAAAGAAAACCUGAUACAAACCUUCUACGAAAUGUCUGUCGCCCACUUUUUUGAUUGAUUGACAUUUGCCGAAUCUGCCAACCAAAAUUAGUUCCGUCGCAUGAUUUUUACUAUGCAAAUUUUUCAUACGUGGGAAAAUGAAGAAAAUAGCUUUUAUCUUUUUUAUAACUAAAAAUAAAACAACACAGUCACACUUAACAAGGAGAUCUUGACGGUUAUUUUUGUUCGCGUAGAAGGUAAAACGUUUUCGAAAAGACGGCGACACGAUGUUCUAGUUUUAAUAUUUUGGCAAGGUGUGCUCGAUUUUUAAAAUAGUGAAAUUUCUAUUUUUCUUGUUGUUUCCCGAUUUUCAGUUCAUGAAUCAGAACAAACCAAACGAGUUCUCAAGUGCAUUUAAUUUAGUCCUGUGAGUACACUUGCAGUUUGCGAAUUUACUAAAAACAACCGCCUAGGAAAAUAUAUUUUUUUAUAAAUCCAGGUAAAUACUAUCUGCCACUUUUGCUAGACGAAACGACAAUACUAAAACUACAUGCGCAACGAAGCUAUAAACAAAAUGAUAAACAACUAUUACAAACACAUUUUGUAGUUCUGUUGUGUUGUUGUUUGAUUGCAGUUCUGAAAAGCUCGCUAAAUUUAAUGACCUAAACUAACAAACAGGAAACAGCCAACGAGCGAGGACAACAGUUUUUCUGGUUACCUUUUUUACAAAAAGCGAAGGCAAACAACAAGUCUGUAACCUUACAAUUAUAAGACUAGUAGCACUGACUUUUAAAUAAUGCCUACGAAAAUUCCUUGCACAGCGAUGCGAUAUUUUUCGUCUAAUUCCCGACUAAACUUUCAAAUGAAACCAGUUCUAACAUGGACAGUAUUUCCACCUGCAGUCGUUUGUUGGUAAAUCAAAAGGCACCUUGUUUGACGUCAUAUGUCAACAACCUGCAGAGGGGUUAGGCUCCGCGUCACACUCACAACAGUUCCGUAAGUAGGCCACUUCCGAGUACCAAAAACCCUCAUUUUCAAAAUGAGGCUAGGUGCACAACCUUUCUUGUGGAAAUUAGUUUUAUUUGCAUGAGAUUGAAAAAUGAUUUCUAUAUCAAAGGCUGAGCACGUACCCUUGUUUUGAAACAGAGGCCCGGGGAAACUCGGAAAUGGCCUAUACAGCAAAUCCUGAGAGGGUAUGGACAAUAUCUGAAUUUUCUGAAUUUCCAUGGCACAUAUUAAGGUAUAUUUUCCAACCAGAAGACCGUAAAACAAUAAAAAAGACAGCAAAAUCCUUCUCUCCACUGAUGGCGGAUCAUUCGCGAAAACAACCACGCGAAGAAUAACAGCGUUCAACUUCCGUUGAUUCCAACAGUCAAUCAGAUCCUGUGGCAUAUUGUUCAAACAGCCAAUCAGCGUUGCCGCCAAAAUCGGCCCCUGCAGUAAGCACAAACGUGAGAGUUUGUAUCAGGCGCAAUUUUAGCGGGAUUACGUAAAAGAGAAUGUAUUAGAAUUCGCUAAAAUUGGGCCUGAUCUCAGUUUGAGCGUUAGCUGUAGGUAAUGUCUGCGAUCGCUCCUUAGACGGCAUGACGCGGGGAGAGCAGUGGUGGCGUCCCGAAAUGUUCGCUGUUUAUACACGCUAAAUUUUACGUUAAAAAGCACUUGUCAACAGUAUUGUUUAAAUUGUUAUGCCAUGCAAAAAUGUAAUCAUUGACAACAAGCUUUUGAGAAGAAAACUCGGGUGGCAAAAUUUAAUGGAAAACUACAAAAUCUAGUUUCAGAGAGUAAAAAUGGAAAACAAGACUAAAAACACCAAGAAAUGUCGAAUCAACAGUGCGUAAAAGGCAGAUUGAAGAUCAGUUCGAAAAACUUCAACUUCUUCCCUGUUUUGCGUUAAUACUUGAGCGGUUUUGACGUUUGAUUUGUUUGGUUCUCUUUUCACAUAUUUUUUCUGAAUAAUAAAAUUCAUUUGUUUCUAGCUACCUUAUAACACGAAAUUUUCGCGAAUUUCGCGAUACAGAAAAAAAUCGCGAAAUUUAAGUGACGCGAACAAUAAGUGUUGCGAACACAUGACGCGAAAAUUAAGUGACUCGCAUUUGUCCAUAAUCAAGAAAGAACGAGUUUAUUACGAUCAUAUGUCUACUUUUCUGAGGAAUUUUCAGUGUAAAUGGAUGUUGUGGUCAGUUGACUCAAGAACAAUAAUUCACGCAUAGGCAUGAACUGCUGGCGGACAUUGUGAGAACUGCUUUGUUGUUACUGUUGACAUUUAGUCCCGCUGUUACGUUUUUCUUAAUUUUGACGAUAUUGUUCCUUUGAUAAAGUCGUUUUAUUUCAUCAAUUCAAAGGUAUGUUAAAUAACAUUGCCUUUGAAAUGAAAAUCGUUGUACUCAAAAACGCGAAAUUAAAGUUAUCUAUACUAAUUACAUCUUUAGCCCUUGAAAAAUGUAAAAAAGAAUGCAAUAUUCUUUAAAUUAUUCUGGUACAAGGUUUUUGUCCUCUGAAAAUUAAAGUUUCUCAAUUUCCUGGUGGAUUCCAUCUAUCAUGUGAAUGAAGCCGCCAACGAUUCCUUUCGAAGAAACGCCCGCUCCCGGAACCAAUCAGUUUGUAGGAUUUGGAGAAUUCCGCCCGCUCUCAAUGUACGAAAAAUUACAUAUAUCUGAAUAAAACGUUCACAGAAUAAAUAGAAAAAUAGAUUGUACUUACCUGGAUGCCUCUCACAGUACUUUGAAAAGUAAAGUCUUAACUGAAUUUCUCAACAUACUAAACUUGAUGCUGAAGGCUUUUUUAGACGUCGUAAGACUAAUUUUUUGUAUAGAAGAGCCUGUUAGGCUUUUUAGUAAUAUUUUAGUUUCGUCGAAGUAGAAAUUGAAAUUGAAUCUUAAAAAAAGAAAUGAUGAAAUCCGUCGUAUCUGAGAAAGCAUACAUCGGAAUCUUUGUUGAAAAAGGUUUCAAUUAUGGUGCAUUUUUUUUAGAAAUGAUUAGCUGUUUGAGGCCUAUCGAGAGCUCUGAAACUAAAAGUCCAGCGAAACAAUAAAAGCAAACCAACAAUAACAAAAACCACCGCAACUAUGUAAAGCCAGUUUUUGGGUGUUCUUUAAUUCGUAGUCGUUGAAAAUGAGGAUCAUUUUUCGGUUAUUAACAAAUUUAAAGGGAUGUGAGCUUUUCAGUUUAUGUUUAUACCCAUAGAAUUGGUAGCAAGGAGACAAAUAGCGACUUGCAAACUUAAGUCGUUUUUCAGUUUCGAUGAUUUUCUUAACUAAAAUAUUCUUUGUUCUGUUUGAUUAAACUUGUUCGCUUUUCAGGGCCUGAGUGACAGCUCUGAAACUAAAAGCUAAACGAAACAAAGAAAAACGUGCUUCAAAAAGAGGGCCUCAAGAAACUCUUGAUAACAUUGCACAUCGCGGGAACAAUUUUAUAAACAUCGUACCUUUGCAAAUCAUUUCAAAUUCGUUGUAUUUUUGUAAAAAAUAACGCCAGUUUUCUAAACUUUAAGGUUUCAUUUUUUUUUGCCUGAUAUAACUCGAAAUGGGGCUUUAUUAAACCGCUUUCCCUUGUCCGCGAUCUAUUGAUACGUCCAAUAUUUCUUGUCAUUUUUUUGAACCAAUAAAUUGGAGCUAAACACUUAGCCGUGUGUUAUUAGGUUGAAAGGCACUAAAAAGUAAUAUAAAGUAGUCAAGAGUUUUCCUUCUUUUUUUUGAAGUCCCGUAACUCAUAAGCCUCCUAAACCCUUUUGCAGGUGUUUGCCCUUAGUACUCUUGGUGACCACAUCUAUUUUCGUACUGACGUGACACCAGACGAGCUUGUGGGAAGAACUUGGAAAGUGAUUGAUAUUAGUAAGCCACAGAUGCCUCGCAGUGAAUCCACUGGCUCUGAUAUGGCCAGCUAUGAUGGCACCACGUUUGGAAACAAUCAAAGUGAGACACUUUGUCUUGUGCUAGUUUUAUAAACAAGUAGGAGUGUUUUAUGAAGUUUUAAACACGAGGUGCAGCUGAGUGUUUCACACUUGAUGAAACACGACAUUCGAGAAAACGGAGAAAUGUAAAGGUAAUUUAAGGAAGGUUAACAUUACGCCAAUUUUGUCAGUGGUUGUACUCAUCUGUGCACGCAAAUUGCUCUCCUGCUAAAGGCUGGCCGUAGAAUGUUACACCCUGUAACGGCUGAUAUUUACAAACUACAAUCCCAAAAUACGCUGCGAGACUCGCGCUCAUUCCCAGAUUUCUUAAAUCAGCCGACAAAAUAGUACUUGAUGCUAAUUUUCGAUUACUGCAUUUAACAUUAUUCUAAAUUUUUAUCACGUGUCCUGUUUUUUUUCCUUCUCUUUACUAAGGCUCCUUUACAGAGUCCGAUGACAGCUAUAGUGCCCAGUCCACUUCCAACCUGCCUUGUAAUAUAGAGUUCUUAACCUGGCUGAGCAGCGGCGCAUGUCAAGUAGAUGCUGCCUUUUUCACUGAGGUCAGCGGAAGCCUGUUGUCCUCUGCCUAUAGCAUGAGUCUGAUUAGUCUUAGUAGUAGAGAUGCUGCAUGGAGGAAAACUGUCAUACAGAGAUUGCGCACAAGAGAUGCCAAAGAAAGUCCCACAUGUGACAAGUUGUAUGAGGAAGCUGUUUCACAGGUGCGUUGAAAUAGAUAAACUUGCCGAGGCCUAAAAGCUGAGCUCCCUUUAAACGCUUAUGCUCGAAACGGGGAACGUAAGACCAAUUCAUAGGCUAAUAAACCUUAUCUUGCUCUAUCACUUGAUGUAAUUAACGAAUACAAGUUAAAGACCAGGAUUAAGUUGCUCAAAGAAAUCAACUCAUAUGUCCUGUUUGCAGUCAACCCUUGGAAAGCUAACUUACACUGGCAUGUAGCUCCGUGAGACUACAGUACUCGUCACAAAUCGUUGAAACAGGAGCCAUUUGUCUAGAAUUUUCUCCAGAUUUCUUAUAUUCACUCCUGACAUCUUCGCUCUCACUUAAAUUCGCCCCUCUCCUUCCCCAAUGUUGAGCCACGCGUAUUUUGGACCAGUGAGACGACUGUAAUACCCAAAUCAACAUUGGGGAAGGGGAAGAUCAGACAAGUGUUUCAAGAUUUGUGACGAGUAUUGUAGGUCCAGGUGAUUUAAUAGAAUCAUUUCAGGUAGAAUCAUCUUUACCCUCAGUUCUUUAACUAAUAUGUAUUCAGAGCCUGGAAACAAUGUGUUGGUUUCUUUUAGCUUGCCUAGAGGUGACUCUAGGUUCCUUUACCAAGGCCAGUGUAGUAAAUUUGGUACUAGGAAAGGAACUUUUCUUAUUCCUUACACUUCUUUACAUAAUAUGACUACAGCCUUUCAGUAACCUUGCUGAGCAUGCGCGUCCAUGUGCGCAAACUUAGCCUUGCUGCUUUACUGGGGAGGUAAACUCAACUGAUAUAAAAAAGGUUACGUCUCUGGCAGAAUAGGCGGGAAUUAUGUUUGUGUCAAGUAAACUUUAAGAGAGUAUUCGGUUUUCGCUCCAAAACUGGGAAAGCUCAAGAUAACUUUCCUUUACUUUUGUGAAGUCUUAUAUGAAGGUCAAGCGUGGUUGAAAAUUUACGUCGUAACGACUUUACUAUAAGCUAUUUAACCCUUAAUAAAGAAAAUGAUAGCAUAGAUAAGAAGAAAAGAGCAGAGCGACAGACGUGUUUGGCUAUGUGUACCAUUAUCACAUUUGAUUCCCCUUGGUGUGGACGUACGGACGUUCGGUCACACGACAAUUGAAAAAAUUCAGGGGCAUAGAUGCCCCAUUUUCUCGCCUAUUGUGCACUUAGCGAGGAUGUUAGUUUUGGUUCUUCCCCAACAAAAUUUCAGAUUUUUUCUGGCAAAGAAUUGUGUAUUUGGUACUUGAAGACAGUACGUGAAGAAUGUAUUACAAUGAUUUGGACCUUUUACAUCGAAAGCAGAUUGAAAGUUGGUGUAGAUUAAAACGCGCUCAAAAUGCAAACACAUACUUGUAAUAGUCUCAAAAAAGGUGUUUGAAUUCUAUUGCACUCAAUAUAAACGUCACCGUACUUUAAAACGAGUUGUGACGCAACGGCAACCACUUAGAAUAUACAAAAGAAUAACUAGCCUACGUAUAACGCCCAGUCACAUGUCUGUAAAAUACAGAUUAGGAAGUGAGCCUACGCUCUGCUUGCUCGGAGGAUGCUGAUUUUUUAAAUCCCAAGGAUCCAGCGUAGCAUUAGAUAUCUUCUUGCCAUUAGCAUCCUUUUGCUUAAAAGUGUUUUCCUUGACAAGUCUGUGGAGAGAUAAGUACUCUAUUAAACGGUUAACUCUGUUACUGCCGGUGUUCCUUAAAUUGUGAUUUUUUUGGCCGAAGCCGAAACUCUUUUAGCGCGACGCAUGUAAAUAAAUGAAUAAAUUACUCGUACUUUGAUGGCGACAAUGGGAUCUCUUUGAGAGGAGUUCUUUCAUUACACGUAAAUUUACGUCCUUGAACAAACAAAUUGUUUACCGUGACUCAGGAGAUAUUGAUACUGUUUAACUUUGCUGCUGAUUUUCAUUUGUCCCAAUAUCUCCCUUUCAUUCAUCAGCAGUGGAGAUCAUUGACAAACAGCGGCAGUUUAACGCCGUCGUGUUGGUGAUCACAUCGACUGUGAUCUGAUUGCAGUGGAGAAUUACUUCAACUUCGAAUCAUAAGUAGACUUUUAGCAGCGUACAGCAUACAUGUUGUGUUUCUUCGCAUAUCCGGAAAUUCCAGCUGAACGUGCAACCCAACAUUCCAUGUCUUAUACCAUCUGAUCAGAAAUUUUCCCGAGAACUUAUUUUCGCCAUUUCCAGAUUUUCUUUCGGUCCGGCUGUGAAAAUUAGAUCCUGUAAAAUUUCAAUUGUACCACACUCGUUAAAAGACUCACCGUUGUAGAGCUAGAUUUCAGGAGGGGGGGUUCCAACACAAGUAUCUCAGAGUGAAUUUAACGGUGCAAAAAGCGAAAAACUGGGUAAAAGAAUCAUGCUACGAGCGUAUACCUUAGCUGUGGUCUUGAAGUCUUCUUUGCAUCGCUCGUUACAAGGUCAUUUUCACGUUCAAUGUUUCCCAUGAGAGGUUCUAAUUCGUCCUCCUUUUGAAUUGGUGUUCUCUUGUUAAGGCUGUUGAGGUAGUUUCCGCGACGUUCGACUAACCUACAAUGAAAAUGAAAAGUGAAGUCGAUUUUAUUUUACUUUUGUUGAAACUUUUCUGUAAUAGACAUAUUACAUUGACACAUUGCAUUGUUACCGUUUUUCCUUUUCCUCCCUUUUGGCUUUGAACGAGCUCCAAGCUAUCCCCAUGUAACAAUUCACAUUAUUCUGCGCAAAAGAACCUUACCUUGAACGUCGGUUGAAGACUGAUUCUUGUUUUUUUCAGAGUGACGUAUGAAUAGGCUGCUGGCGCGAGCUUCAUCAGCCAAUAGGAGGAGAAUGCGUGCGCUAGCAACCAAUAAGAACCAAGCGCGCGCUAUUUCAGACAAUGAAUGAAAGGACGUGCUUCAUUAGUCAAGAGGGUUCGAACCUUUACAUUUAGUAACAAGUUGCUGAAUGUACCGGUUUUGGUAGUUUGGUUUCGUGGGUAAAGGAGACUAGACGUUUUGGUCCUGACAGUAAGACGAUGUUGCUAAGUCCUCGCUAUUGUUCUCUAAAGAAAGAUCUGAGCACUUUCUUUUAUCAGUUUGAUGCUGGAUAGAUAUACGCCCCCUUUGGGGUUUGAUUAUACUUUCUAUAUCCUCUUCCCUAAUCAAAAGUUUGUCAGGUGGCUGUAACGGCUUUGUCGUCUCAUCUUCGUUUGUUUUACAGGGUGAAUGGUGGAAGAAGGGCCACUUUCAGCUGCUCUUCGAUGCCAACUCCAACAUGUGGUGCCACUGUUUGUUUAAACUUGACCCAGGAGGAGAGGAUCGACAGGGAGCGUUACUAUGUUACUUCGAGAAAAACUCUAAUUACGAAGAGAUGCGGAUUCCGCUACAUGACAUCACGUGCGUGUGUGUCCUUCAUAAAAUGUCACGCAAUCACUGUUUUGCAAUUCAUACGCCUGUCAGAACUCAGCAGCGAAAUCCUCUUGUGAUUCACACAGGUAACGAAAAGGACCUUAACGACUGGGUUACGUCAUUAUCAGGGGCCGUUUCGCGGGUACAUAACCGAAAGGGCCCCGCUUCACCCAGGGCCAUUUGGGCGACAACUCGUUACGGAGAUGUCUUCUUUUGUGAGACACCCUUGGUCGAAAGCGAAGUGCAGCCAGCGCAUCUGUUUUGGCACCAAAUUGGCGGGCACAUGGACAAGGUGGAAAGCGGGGCUGCUGGAGUUGUCUGGGGCAUCAGUUUUGAUGGUUUGCCUUUUUAUUACACUGGGGGAUACGGAGGAGGCAUAUUUGCAGGUUUUGAAAGCAGCGUGUUAGGUAUUCACCAGCAAGAGGAUUACGAGUGGCACUAUAUUUUCGAGAAUCAGCGGUGGAACCCAUUAGAAGGAUAUUCAGACAGGUGAGUGACACAUGUCAAUAAAAUUGAUUGGCAAUUCUCAGGAUACUCUAAACAGAGGGGGAAUUACGACAGGUAGAAGCGGGGCCGUGAAAAAGUGAGUGAGACAUGUCAGUAUGCAGGAAUAGCGUUCUAUUUGUUUCAGUAGUAACUUAAUUCAAGCAAGUGAAAGGUGUUCUCCGAUAACUUUGCUGUACAUGUACAUAAGUGGUGCUACGUUUUGAGUCCUUGGGUUAAAUCCUAUAGUGUGACCAUUCAAAAGAAAGCUGCUUAGCAGUACUUUACGGUCGUACUGUUUAUUAUGCUGUACAAGGUGGUUCAAACUUUUGUGUCUGUGGAUAAAAUCCUAAAGUUUGACCAUUCAAAUAAAAGCUACUGAACAGUACAUUCCUUUGGUGCUGCUUAAUAUGCUACACAAGGCUUUACAAGUUUUAAGUCUGUGGAUGAAAUCCUACUCGGUUUUAGAGAGUGGACUGUAUUUCAAAUUUUCUUUAGUGAUAACUGCACUCGUGAGUAAAAUACUUGACUAUCACGUAUGCUUACAGACGCCUUCCCAGCGACCGAUGGAACUGGAGUGACGAGAGCGGAGUGUAUGAGCGAACGAGAGAAGGGUACUCACUUCCGUCAAGCCAGUGGCAGUGGUUAGACGAACCGUGGACAGUGGAGACAAAACCUAAUGUCACUGAUAAGGAUGGUUGGCAGUACGCUGUGGAUUUUCCGAGGUUUGUAGCCUGCGAGAAAGCUGUCCAAUUAGGUAUUACGAUAGAAGAGGUGUCACUCUCGUUUGGCUAAUGAAGCGAAGCGAAUGGGUUCUUGUUUUUCAAUUAGUGCUAAGAGGCGAGGUGCUAGAAUACUUAGACACCCUAAUAGAGUUUAAGAUGAUGGUGAUGAUGAUAAUGAUGAUGAUGAUGAUGAUGAUGGUGAUGAUGAUAACGAAACAGGCUGUUUCGCGGAAGGUAAAGAAGAAAUAGGCCGUUUCCGACUUCCAAAAUAUCUCCUUUAUUAAACGAGGCUAUCUGCAGAACCUUUCUUGUGAAAAUGAAUUUUAUUUGCAUGAACAUAAAAAAUCAUUUUCAUCAGUAGCUUGGCACUUAGUCUCGCCUUGAAACAGAGGCUUGGGACAAAUUGGAAAUUGCGUAUUAGCAAUAGAGACGAAAGCACUUGCUGCAGAACGCAAAACGCGUUCUGAAAAUAUGACAGCGCUUCAUUGCUUCGUCACGGACGCGUGCUCGCGCCCUGAAACUAGAAAUUAUCUUGUUUUUGUAGACUUUUCCGUGCGUUGUUGUGGCCUCAUUUCGCAGAACGUUACUAAUCUGGCCAAUUGGUGUUGGUGAGCUAUUGCAAAAAGUGUUUUCUUUUUUUGGGGGGGGGGCAUAUCUAAUACUGCUGCACUGUUUCGGACCGUUAAGAACAGAUGACGGAUCCUACACUCCGUACAAACCUUCAGCAUUGCUAACAGCCCGUAUUCUGGGCACAUACGAAGCGUGCAUCUCAUUAUUGCAUCAGGGCACAGUCAGUAGGAUAUUUAAGGCCUGUUCGUAUUGGCUCGGUAGACCCAGAUACUCGCGAUGAAGUUUCAAAGAAGGCGAUUGCAUUUUAUUGGUGACAUUUUUGGCGCCAUUGGUGUCGUUUUUACUUCGGCGGAGCGCGAAGUAAAGGAUUCGCGACGCUCAGGAAUGUAUCAAAGCUGCAAUUUUUUGGCAAGAUUGGGCAAGCAAAGUCUGUGGAUUUUCGGUUCUGUUCGGCUAUUUGACGCCGAAUUAGUUCGAGAUAUCUCGAGAUCACUUCGAUUUCUUUGAUAUACUCUUGAACUUUUUCGAGGAAGAAAGAAUUAUUAUUUUGGCUUUCUCGGGGUUUGAACCGACUCACCUGUGUGACCCGUCAGAUCAGAGGAGACUCUAAGUUUAGGGAUUAGCCGAUUGCGCUACUGCGACCCAAGGUAGUUUGAAUAUGAAAAAUAGUUAUGAAAUGAUGCACUAGUUUCGGGACAAGGUUGGGCGUGCAAGUUCGUGACUUUUCGCCUUGUUUCAACUAUUUCACGAAAUGAGACCGGACUACUUCGUGAUAUCUUGAGAUCACUUCGAGUUUAGUCUUAAAUUACUCGAGGAAUAAAUAGAGGAUAUUUUGUGGCCGCGCAGCGACACGAAAUUUCUCUUCGAGUGUUGAAAAACAUUUCAAGAGUGAGCCCUCCGUUCGACCUGUUUUAUGAUGAAUUUAAAGUUACAAAAUGCUGCACAAAGACAUUUUGUCUUUGUUGAGUGUUACGUAGUAAAAUUUCUUUCAUGCGUUGCGUGACUUUCUCGAACGUUCUCUACGUUUUUGGAUUAUUCAUGAAUAAUUAAUCAGGGCAUGUUUACAUUUCAGCCUGAGUCAGCAGAUUUGCAUCAGUUACUGAAAUCAUAAAAUAUGUCGAAAAGCUACUACUAUUCGCCUGUUUGGUAUUUUCUAGAACCUUAUGUCAAACGGUAUUCAAGUUCGAAGCGAGUUCUUUUAACGAACUAAGUUUUUUCCCACGAGCUGGACUGGUAUGUUUAGUCAAGUGUGACAAAGGUCGAUUUUCAGGUUCUGUGUUUACAAGUUCGCGGAAGCCGUAAGAUAUCUGAAGUUCAAGUGAGAGUUUGUUAUUAUUGGUAGAGGUUGUUUAGUUUUACUCAAAGUUCAAGUCAAGUUUGAGUUGGCGGAUGCUGUGUUUUAAAGCUCUGUAAAGGUUAUGUUCCUUUGGUGUUAAACUUCUUGUGUUAAUCCGACAUCCCUGCGUGCUGAUAAUUAUCCUCAAAACAUUCGAACUCGUGACUUUGAGUUUUAGCCAAUUCCAUGCUCAACGCAAUUGACUCCUUACCCAUGCGUUACAUAUCUUUAAUCAGUACAUGAGACUGCUAUGCUGUUUUUGAAGCCUGAUGUGACUAAGAAAAAUAGAGAUUUGUUUUUUUAGAAGGAAUUGUAUGGCUAAUAUCUCGGAGACAAUUUGUCCCGAAAUGCUAGUUUUUGGCAAGUAGGCCUCUUGGAUGUUGCUCUUUUCAGAAUAUCCUGACAAAUCCCAUAAUUUCACAAAUUAACACCUUACUCUUACCAUAUUUGAUUUCUUACUAUUCCUCCGCAUUUACAAUUAAUUAGUUCCACAACCUCGACGCCGAAGUGUACGCUCCGUAGCGUCUUGUUCCGUAAUGUAAGUCGAGGGGGGCUGUAAUAAAAGUACCUCUUCCCCAGUCUUACUUGGCUUGUGCGGUUUGGUCGACUCUUAUUAUCCUGACUGCUGACAUGUUUCCCACUUUCAAAUUUUGUAGGAGCUAUCACCGAGAGCGUGGUUGGAAUGAUUACGUUAGACGAAGACGCUGGAAAAGGUUUUUGUUCAUUUGUUAUUACCUUCAGUAAUUUAAACUACAGUCGAACCUCCUGCUAUCACUCAGAAAUUGUAUAAAAUAAAUCCUCUUCAAAUACGUACACAGCGGCGGAGGAGAGUUUUGAAACGUCGGGGGAGCACAUUUUUCACCCAGCCAUGCGCAUAUCCCUACUCAAAUUUUCCAAAAUGCCCUUUGCGUUGUUCGUCGGCACAAGCGAACCUCUUUACAAUCUUCACAGUGUCUAGCGUCAGUCCGUAAAUCGAUUUGUGACAAUGCAUCAGUAUGCAGUUGUGUCCUGCUUCAUGGUGCUUCUUAGGGAGUUCUUGAGUAUUCUGAGGGCAGAAAAUGUGUAUCGGAAACUCACUAAUUCGCAAACUCAGCAGAACUGCAUAUGAAUACAGUAGCCUGUAAACAUGAUUCCAUGUUGAGCGGGGCGAAAAAAGAAAAUCGGCGAGUGUGGCCUGGGUGGGGUGCAUGUAGUCUUUGUUUUGAUGCCGCCUAUCUGCCCACUUGCAAUUAUCCUGUAUGUCAAUAACAUGACAAUAAGGUAAUUAGACCUGUCAAAUUACGAUGUUUUUUACGCUUGGAUGGAUCGACUUCAAUAACAUUCGCGCGCACGUGGGUAUUUUCCGUGAGUAUUGUACAGUACCGCAAAUGAUCCCCAACCGCAAAUGAUCCCGAGACCGCAAAUGAUCCCCAAAAUGGACCGCAAAUGAUCCUCGACCGCAAGUGAUCCCUAAAGGCGACCGUAAAUGAUCCCGUGAAAACUUGAGGAAUGGAAUGGAUUUUAUGGGACUGAUUACAAAAAAGGACUGAUUAUAAAAAAGAAACCUUUUUCUCUCGCCUUUUAAAGAAGAAGGGAAGGAGGACGCUACAUCUCAGGUCAAUUUAUACAAGGCGAAAAACAAAAACUGAAAAGGUAUGGUAUUAACCGUAUACUUCUUCCUUUGUCGAUUGUUUCAAUUUUCUUUCAAGAAUGUUUCAUAUUUUGAAAAAUUUAAGACAGGCAGGACGUUAUGCCGAAGAAUUAUUUUUAACACCUAGAAGCUCAACUUUUCUACUGAGGAAUACAAAGCCCGGCACCCUCUACCUAACAAGAGCUUUAUUGACUUUACUGAUCUUUUUGAAAGCGUGAAAUUAAUCAGCGAGAAUAUUUCAUUUUGAUUUUUUUCUGAAGUGUUAAUUUUACGUGAUAAACCGCAAGACAUUUGUUCCUAACUUAGGUGCCCGUUACGAAACAAGACGUGAUUUAACAUAAACACAAGUCAAAAUGCCCCCGAACUUAUCAAUGUCCACAGGUUUCGGUUUAUUUCGAAAUAGCAACUUUCUCACAUCUCAUGAACGUGUUGUGAAUAGUUAUAUUAGCGUUUUUGUGUAUAUUCAUUUGUUGUGCUUUGCUGAAGACAGUUACCAGGAAUCUAAACCUGGUAAUGAGAAACGCAAAGCCAGGUAAGCAGUAGUUAUCGCGUGACAAAACAUCGUAAGAAACCGUCACAUUCACGGACUAAAACAAAAUCGCUUAUGAUUAUUCCGAUCCAGGAGGCACUUAGGAGAAAAUUAAACAACCUAAAACCCUCAUUUGGCGGCAAUGAAGAGCACUGCAUUUCAAAAGAGGCCAAAGGAAAUGCUCUUGCAUCAAAGGGCAAAUCAUGCCGACCAGAAACAACAAUAACCGCAGAAAAUGCGUGUCAUGACCUCUCAGUAUGAAAUAAGCAGCAAAAAUCCUAUUUGCUCAGUCAAAACGUUUUCCUCAGAGGUAUAAUCUACCCGCCAGAGCCGGAAAAAAGUCAUUGGAACAAGCAGCAUUUAGUAUUUAUUCAUAUAUUUAUUUGAGAAGUAAAAUUUAGCUUUUCACCUGACUUAUUGUAAUAAUAAUAAAAUCGACACGAUGAUCCGCUAACUUGAGUCCAAGUCAUUCCCAUUUUUCUUUCGGGAUCAUUUGCGGUCGACUUUAGGGAUCACUGGCGGUCGAGGAUCAUUUGCGGUCCAUUUUGGGGAUCAUUUGCGGUCUCGGGAUCAUUUGCGGUUGGGGAUCAUUUCAUCGCUCACUUGUCAACAGUCAAGAAUGUCAAGAAUGAGAUCAUGAUACCAGAAUUUGGUAUCAUGGAUCGGCGCCACAUCAAAACAAUGCCCCAGGUUACGCUUGGCUCGCUUCACUCGCCUAUUUUCUCUUUGGGCCCGCUCCACGGGAGCUUCUUCUCAGGCUAGUUAAUGAAAGGAGCAGUGGUAUCGUUACCAUAGAUCCUCAAGGGAAUCAUAUCCUGGUGAGCAGUUGCAUGCGGCUGCUUCAAAAGCGAGGAAACAGAAAACUCAGUUGUGCUAUCAUAUCACAAUAACUGACAUUUAUGUUUGAAAAUACACUGAGAACAUUAUUUUUCUUUCCACUGAAGAAAAGCUAAACUGACCACAACUGGUCCUUGGAUGAACGUGACACCUCAAGUAAGGUUACGUGACGUAUCUAUCCAGAUGGACGUGUACGAUGGCUCUGUAGCAGUGUGGGCUGUAGGGACAAAAGGUGACGUGUUAUAUCGGCACGGAGUCACGGAAGAUUGUCCACAGGUACAUUUAUUACCUUUUUGUAAUAAAGUUCACAUACAACCACAGCACUCUUAGUGGUUGAAUAAGCGUGCUUAAUGACAGUAUAAAACACGGAGCUAAAGCGAUCACGCCAUCUGCCAAUAGUUUGUUUUGAAAACUAGAAAGUUCUGGUUCGGGAAUUUACGGGAUUCUUUAUCAUGAAACGAAUAAAAUAGCCUUGACUCUGCCCUGUUCUGUUGUCAAGCACUUGGGAAGUGGUUAGAGUACUCGAGGAGUAGGAAGAAGCACUCGACUACAUGUCGUGUUUUUCCGUGCUUUAAAACAGAACAGAGUACAGUCAAGGCUUCUUUAAAAUAUUUCUGCAUUUUUGAUUGGCUCAAGUAGUUUGUCAUUAAUGAGAUGUUGUAGAUAGGAUGAACGAGUUUUUCUGAAAAUACAAUGACUGAGUGUUCUUUCUUUGUGGACAGAAGCAAAGUGGUCGUAUUAACCUCAGUUCCACUUUACCAGCUGUUAUCAGCUUUUAGCCGAGGUCUUUUGUUUUUACUCUGAUAGAGAAUGUUGUUUUACACCCUCCUUGCAGCAAUACAGGACGUUUAGAUUGUCAUUGUCUUUUUAAACAUUUGUUCAUGCUGGAAUAAGUCAUUAGAAGCAGGAACAGAAAAAAAACCAUCUUUCGUUUCGUUUGUCCGUAUCAUUUUUAAACAAAACAAAGGAAAAGAGAGGUGAAACAGAUAGCAUCGUGUUAUUAGCGAACGAGAAAUUUUAGCGCCGCCCUCAAAUACGCGCGACACCGAGAAGAAAAAAAAAUGGUGAAUGUCAAGGCGCUUAUUCGAGUACAACAACUCGGAAAGAUUAGAAACUAAAAAAUGAUUGGAAAAUCCCCAUUUUUCUCGCAGCUUUGCUGCUUACGUAGGCCGUUCCUCCUUCUAAUCUAGAGCAAUCCUGCCUCGCGCCAAAAUACCAGGAUCAAGUAUAUCCUAUCUGUUAUAUCGUAAUUACGCUGCCUACUUACGGUUAGGAAUAUUAUCAUGGGUUAGUUUUAAAGGGUUUAUUCGCUGAACCUUCGGAAAGAUUUACAAGAGAACAAUAUACAUAUCGUGCAGCUAGUAAUUAAAAUUACAUUUUUCAAAUGAGAAAUAUUACAAUGGAAAACACCUUUUGCAUUAUGAAUGGUUUAAAGGUAGAACGCAGAUGGCUUAUAGCCAUAUACCACCUCACUACAAGUAUAUCUUCUUUUUUUUUUUUUCAAUUUUUUUCGCCGCAAUAGAACUCAAAAAUCUGAAUUUUAAGAUGUCUUUUCGUCAAAUUACUAAAGCCAUAUUUCGUACCACCUCUUAUUACAAAAUUGAAAAGAGUAUAUUAUACAAGAUUAUUAUACACGGCAGAUUGUUUGUUUGUGGAGAUUUACAUCUAUCCUGCUUUUUGUUAUGCCUGGCUUAAGAUAUCGCUUGGAAUGUUACUUGAACCGCUAUUUCAGGUGUAAAUCUAUGGGCAGUAAUCAUUGCCUAACUCGCUUAGGUGAUCCCUUUUUGGCAGCUUUUAAGUGAAGUUGUUAUUAAAAUUUUAAAAGAAGUUGAAGUUUGAUCGAUUCUGAAAGCGAGAAUUAAACUCAGUCUUAAUUUGCUGGUUGCUUUCGUCACGGCAAAUUAUAAAUCCAGUUUUAGCUAGAAAAUUCUGUGAGUUAUGACAGCUACAUUUAAUCUGUGGGUAUUUCUCUUAUUCAAAUGAAAAAAAUAACAGUCCUAUCUUUACGAAACUAUUCUCGAAAUCCCCCAUGGCGUUUAUUUAUCUUAUUUCAAUUUCCUGAGAGAAAACAGAAAAUAUUGAAAAUAACAAUUAAACGUUUACUUUUAUUGUUACCAUUAAACUGUUGUUCGUUUGUUAAAAAGAUGUUCUAGAAACGUGAAAUUAUUUGGCCUCAUUUCAAUAAGCUUAAGCUGUUUUAUAUAUGCGUUAUUUAUUUUGGUGUUUAUAGCUAAACCCUUAGCAAAUUUGCAUGUUGAUAAGUCGUCAAAUGAUUAAGCCGCUUUUAAGCGGUUGUGAUGACAGAUGCCCAUCUUCGUCAGACUACUAAAAGCUUCGGGGGCUGUAUUUACAUCCAAAUUCGCGAAAUACAGCGUAAUUUAGGGACUUGUAGGAGUUGCUUUGUGGUGUGGUUAAGUGAUAAAAGCAGGAGGUUAAUACGCUUUGAAUGGCGAACUACACCAUGUUUGACAAAACUGAGCAGGUAGUUGGCGCCGAGCAGUGCCCCGAUACUGAUGAACUCUCAGGACGGUCGUCACUAUUCUUUUUUGCCUUUAUUUUUGCUUCAACGAUAAACAUUUUUUUGAGUUGCGCUGUUAUAGUUGGAAAUACUUUGAUUGUUUGGGCUCUUCGCGGUGCAAACUCCAUUCACCCUUCCUCGCGAACGCUGUUUUACUCGCUGGCUGGCAGUGAUCUCAGCGUCGGCUUCGUGGUUCAACCAUUCAACAUAAUCCAUCUGGUAACCUCCGUUACAGGUGAUUCAGUAGCCUGCUUGAGAACGCUGCCUUAUCUUAAUGUCAUAGGGUUUGCAUUGUGCGGCAUAUCGCUUUUGACCACAUCAGAGAUCAGUGUUGAUAGACUGUUAGCGCUUCGAUUGAAGUUCCGUUAUCGAUUUGUCAUAACUCUCAACCGGGCGCGCUUUGUUGUACUUCUUACAUGGCUCGCGAGCUUCGCUGCUGGAUUAACAACUCUUUGGAGCAAGGCAACAUUCACUAUUUUACAAAUAAUCGGCGUUUUCACCUGCAUUGCUGUGUCAUCAACCAGCUACAUAUGGAUACACGUCAUGCUUCGCCAACGAAAUAUACAACGAAGAGAAAGACAGCUCGCUUGGGAACUACCAAGCUUUAGUGCCACGAAUUCGAGUGGCUUUAACAGCGUGAAAUAUAAAAAGACAGUGUCUACAGCUCUCUGGGUUUACUGCACUUUGUUGCUUUGCUCUAUGCCGUACAUGGUUGUGGCGGCGCUCUGGGCAGUUUUCGGUGGAAGCGAAGCAAUUCUUAUCUGCCAUGCUUUUACACUGAACCUACUAUACUUUAAUUCCGCGCUUAACCCCCUGUUAUAUUGUUGGAAGAUCAGAGAUGUUAGGCGUGGAGUGAAGGACAUACUUAGUCGGCUUUCCUGUAGUCCAUCCCAUUAGAAUUUUUCGAGGUUUCUGAUAAAUGGCAUCAGCGCAUUGAGCUGUCCUUCGUUACUGUGGUCAAACGUAACGAUUUCAUCCAGACAUAAACGUUAGAAUCAGUUUGGAAAAGUCUUGUCCAAUAGUUUUGAGUUGAAUGGUCACAUGCACUCGGCAUGAUUUCCGAUUCUCAGAGUCAAUAGUUAGAACCACCUUGUGGAGCAUAACAAACAGUACCACAGGUUAGCACUGCUCAGUAACUUUAGUUUAAAUGGUCACACUAAAGGAUUUUAUCCACAGAAUCAAAAGUAGAGAACCUUGUUAUUUCUAAAUAAGACCCGGCCGUGGCAUCAAGAACUGCUCUGGCUGAUAUAAUUUACUCUUGGUAAAUAACGAUAGCAGAUCUGCGUCGUAACAGUUUGGAAACGUAUUGUUUUUUAAUAGUCAAAUGAAAAGACAAGACCACAACUCCACAGGUCUUCUUAUUAUUGCUCUUCUUGGUGGUAUAAAACCCUCUCUUAAAGGCAGUAAGCCCAAGUUCGCUGCGUUCUUACGUUGAAGCACACUAAGAUAUAUCUGUUCAUUUGGUGAAUGUGGAAAAAUGAUAAAUGUAAGUUAGUACCGUAGCACCGCCACAAAAACGUGCGUAAAAAAAUGGAAAUGAAAAAAUAAAUUUAGAGGAAUUGCUGACUUCUGACACCGCUUCUUCGCUUACUACAGUUCCAAUGUUUAAUAAUUAAACGCGCUUUUUUCCCAGCGGUAUUAGAGGGUUAUUCAGCUUACUGAUGAAUCGCCUGUAGCGCUAACACUUGAUCCGUAGGUUAAUCUGAAAUUACUUAAUAUUUUUUUGGGUAGUAAGCUUCGGUUCUUUACCAAGCGAUGAAUUAUCAAGAGUCAUCUUGAUUACUUGUUCAUAUUAAGAAUUAAGUUAGAAUUAAGUCAAAAAGUACAUUUAAAGCUGAAUUUUUUCCUUCCUUUCUUGUACUGACUAAAGAACGACUGUACUUAAACUUGAAAGUAUUUAACAUAAAAUAAGUCGCACGUUAAGGUUUUGGAAUAUGUGUUGUUUUUUUUUUUUUUUUUUUUUGAAAUAUCGCAAAUUUUCUGCCAGGAAGCUCCUUAAAAUCGCAAACGCUCUUUAGAUUUGAUUUUUAAGAGGGUAGAAGAAUUGUUGAAAAAAUUGAUUGACCUCAAGCGACAGGUGUCUCUGUUUUUAUGCGAGUGUCAUAAUAAAGGGCUUUUGGAAAAUUUCUACUUUACUUGGAGCCAGCCAGUAAUGCUUUCCCAAAUUCGAUAUCAUAAAUGUUAUACCGGAUAAAAUCAAUUACUGGAAACUUAUAUUAAUGUCUUAGAUUUCAUGACAAUUUGUUCCCCCAUGACGGGAAGUCAAAUCGUCCAAUUUUUACUAUUCAAAGUAAUAAAGAAAUCAAACACAAAGAUUUAUCUGUUAUCAAGACGUGAUGAAGAGAAAUUUUCCACACGUUUAGCAAACCUGAGGAAAUUAAUCUUCGUCAAGGUGUUCCGUUUUAAAACACAUUCAAUUUAUUCUUUUUCUUUUAUUUGCUUCAGUCUUUUGCACUUAGUAAAUAUUUGGGUCUUCAAAUGGAGGGCGGCAUAGCAGUUGUCACGUUUGCAUGAAAAUUAACGUCGUCUUGUUUGACCAUCUCCAAAAUAAUGUCAUUUUGACUUACAGAUCGCACUUUAGGAUUAAUUCACAGACUCAAAAGUAAGAACCACCUUCUACAGCUUAAUAAACAGCGUCGCAGGAAAGUGCUGCUCAGUAGCUUUCAUUUGAAUGGUUACACUUAAAGAUUUCAUCCACAGAUUCGAAAGUUACAGAACCACCUUUUGCAGCAUAAUAAACAGUGCCACAGAAAAGUACUGCUUAGUAGUUUUCAUUUGAGUGGUCACUGUUGGGGUUUCAUCCACGGACUCCAAAGUUAAAAUCACCUUUUGCAGUAUAAUAAACAGAAUCCCAGGAAAGUACUGCUCAGUACUAGCUUUCAUUUUAAUUUUCACACUUUUAAGAUUUAAUCCACAGACUCAAAAAAUUGAACCUCCUUGCAGAACCCUGACAGGAAACUUAAGCUCAGUAGCUUCGAUUCUAACGGCCAUUUUUCAGGAGUGUCAGCGACUCAUCUUAAGAUAUGGAGGUCUGUACACACAUGGUGUUAUCUGGCCAGGACAACCGGCUGGAAAAUCUCUAUAAAUAUUCUAUAAAAGUGUCCUGUAACGCAGGAAUCGCCCUAUGCAAGGGAAUCUAGAUUCCAGAAUCCGGGAAAUUAUUGCUUGUACAAUUCGGAACCCUGGGCUUUGAAAUCCGGAAUACAGCCCAAGGAAUUCGGAUCCCACUAACGAUUAGAUCCAGAAUCUAAGUUCCACUGACAAAAAAUCCGGAAUCCAGUACCUGGAAUCCGAAACCCACAGUGUGAAAUCCAGAAUCCUAGACUGUCUCGGGUUCCAUUUCAUGGGGCGACAGGAAACAGCUUUCUAAUCAGACAAUUAUCCGUAACUGAUUAAGCGAGGUUAAGCUGUGCUCAUUUUUCUCUUCUUGAAACAGGGCACAGCUUGGGAGCACAUUUUGACCGACCUUCCGUUUAUUAGUAUCUCUGUUGGGUGCAAGCGAAGAGUCUGGGGGAUAGCUGAGAACGGAACCGCUUAUUUUAGAGCUGGCUUCGGAGAAAACAACAUCACAGGUACAACGGUGACGAGCUAGUAUUAGUGAAGUGUCAAGAAUAAAUAUCAAUCCGUAGUAUUGAUAUCUUUUUCCCUUAAAGUUUCCAUAGCCCUAAAUAUUUUAUUUUGUUAACUGAAAGAAGACACUACUAAAAAGACGUCGAAAACUGAUUUUGCGUUUCGAGCAAAAAUCCGAUUUUCUUUUAGAAAAUUUAACAUUCUAAAUUUCUUUAGCACACCCGUUCAGCUGAUCAUGAACUUGACGAGCUUAUAUGUGACGUCAAAAGACAUAAAUUCAGGAACUGAAAAAGCGGGUUUUGUGCAUGCUUAUUCCUUUCUUAGGGUCACUUUUGUUAGUUUUGGUCGGCUUUGCAGAGCACAGCCUUUCGUCGUAUUCCUAUCAUUUUGAAUUUACUGACCCAUGGAACGUCUUAUUAAGUUAUUUAGUCCAAAUCUGUGCACAAACCAAGGAUUGGAUUCACACUGUUUUCGGUCACGGGAGCGUUUUGAAACCUUUUCCCAGAAUGGAGCAAUUUGAAAACGCUAGUUGCGUGAUGACACGACUAGGAGACUAGGAUUGAGGCAGCGUUUUGUUUUCAGACUCGACAGCAUUAGCGUUGACGUGUGUUGAGUUUUCGUGUUGGUGAGAUUCUCACAAUUGCUGCAUUUCAAUUGGUAUCUCAUCUAAGUUACAUUAUUCUUCCCUCCUUUCCCCUUGAACAGGGACAAGAUGGUUCCACAUUAGCGAAAAGCCUCCUCAUCUAUAUCAAGUGUCCGCGGGAGCGACGUCAGUGUGGGCUCGUGAAAAAAACGGUAAGAUUGCGCAUCCUAAACACCAGGGGCCGAGUUGUUCAAAGCUGGGUUAAGAUAACCCAGGGUUAGUGCGAGAUUUGAAUUUAGAUUUGAAAGCUUAAAAAGCAUUUCAGUUUUAAUUCUUUUUGUCUACAAGUUGAUGAUUGGAAGCUCUAAAAAUAACAGAGAAAAUUAUCCGAGAAAAUACUUUUGAACACAAGAAAAAGGAAACCGGGGAUAAAUUUAACCCCGGGUUAGGCGCUAAUCGGCCUUUGGACAACUGGGCCCUGAGUUAUACAAGACCAACACUACGCUUAAAAAUUAAGCUGCAAGGUGUCGUAAAAAUUUGGCUAACUCUGCUUGAAUAGACAAUGAUGUAAUUCUUGUCAAACCUCACACUGUGUAUUUUGCGUGGCUAUUAAAUCUUCGUCUCGUUUUGAUAGAAUAUACAAACUCGACGCGACUACUCGUAUACAUGUAGGCAAUAGACCAUUUUCACGAUGACGUCAUUUUUCGGCUGCAACCAGCAUCCUUCAGGGUUUUGCUUUCUUGUGCAAAUUAGGGAUUUUGUCAUUUAAACCUCACUGGGAUUACCAAUUUAAAUAUGAAGGGAAAAACGAAACGAAAUGGCCACUUGCACAUUUCCCAUAAUGCACCUUAUUUGCCCCCCAAAGAUUUUGGUGGGACGGCUGUAAUACCCAGGAGAAAUGAAAAGCAAAGGUUAUGCAAAGUUUUGGGGGGCAAAUAAGGUGCAUUAUGGGAGAUGUGCAAGUGGCGAAGUUUUAUCACUUGUUUGCCCUCCCGAAAUACCACGUGACAUUGCGAGCGUGCAAAGAUGGCGGGUAUCGUGAAAAAGGCCUGAUGCAAGAAAAAAUAAUAAAUCAAAUUUUUCAGAAGCUGCAAAAAAACACUUUCGAGAAUUUUCCCUUGCUAUGCGCUUUUGUCAGACACAUUUCUUCAUUAUUGGAUACCUCGAUUUUAAACAUUCCAUCUCAUGUUUUUUAUGUCAAAUAACGUAGAACUGUUACUUAAACAAAUGUUUUAAAGCCGAGUAGCCGGCUCCUCCAAAGAUUUGAGCUUUCCGUCCGUUUAUUACGUUUUUUCCCUUCUUUUUGUCUUUUUUUUUGCGCGCGCUUUAUGCAAACGCUGAGUCAUCUCAGCAUUCUCGCUGUUGCAAUGAAAAGCGUUCUCAUUUUUUUAGGCCGAUUGAAUCAACGUCUUUAGCUUGUAUAUUUUGUUUUCCCACAGGUCAUGUGAUAAUACUCAAGAGAACUUUUCUUUUCAAAUGUCAUCUUAUUCACGUGCAUAUCUAUGCAUAAUUUAUGAAAGGACAAAGGGUCAAGUUCCCCUGGGACCUCUAUUGAGCCAGAAACGUGUAUUCUUGGUUUGCAACCUUAACCACGUGAUAAGACGGCCACGUUGGGGGUCAAUACAAAAGAUUAUUUUCGCGAAGAAUUUACUUGAAAAUAGAGUUUAGUUCCAAGAGGAGCAAAAUGCUUCUGUUCUUAACCACCAACAUGGCCGCUUUGACGUCACGUGCAAACUAGCAAUUGACAAGUGGAACUCCCAUCUCCUCGAGGCGGCUUUUAGCUCUUGAAGCUAUGUGGCUCUGAAUACACUUGCUUCGUAACACUGCCUAAAUGAUUGUGAUUUUUUCCCAGGUACAUGCUGGUAUCGUCAAUACAUCACUGACUCUUACCCAGAAGGCACCUCGUGGCUGUCUCAGCAAUUUAAAGUGACGUCACUCUCAAUAGGACCUAAUAACCAAGUAAAUGCAAACAAAAUAUACAGAUGGGCAAUAAGCUCCUGCACAGUCGUAUGUUUUUUUUCUAAAAAUCCCUCCCUUUGCAAGGCGCGUAAGUUCUUUUAUCGACUUCGUCGACAAGAGAUCUGGGUACAAGAUUACAAGGCGCGUGAAGCGAAGGGCUGGCGUGAAAUUCUUGCCGGAAGGGUGCGACCCUCACACGCGAGCUCUCUGUUUUUGUACUCUCUCAAGAUCUUUCUUUUGGCGAUUGCUUGCAUUCUCUACCAAGGCAAAAAUAUGGUUAAGGGCCGACCAUUUGACUUUUGAGUUGAUUUGGUUCGGGCAAGAAUCUUUAGUGGAGACAGAAAUUUUUCCCCAACGUAUUUCGCCGUGAGAGAGACUCUUUUCAGUGCAGAUUUUUUCCCUUGAAAUCAGUCUGCAGGAUAUCAAGUGGCGAGUCCCUUCGUUUUCAGUUAAAGACAGUACAAAGUUUCAAAAAUCAUUCUGGAUACAGUAUUUUUCAGUUUGAGAACAAUGUAAACUUCGUAAAACGCGAUAAUGACUUCACAUCGCUAUUCGGUUCAACAAGGAAAAUGGGUUUAAUUAGAAAUUGGAGUUGUAUUCAGUUUUACUACCUGACGAUCGUUUCUGCUUCUUACUGAAACUUUUUCAACGGGGGAUAAGUUUGUUGAUUCAAAUAGUUCCUAUAGCUCAGGCUCAGCUGUUCAGUUGUCCAGAAGGUGAGAAGUGCUAUUUACCAGAGAAGUUUUAAUGGACUGGGACCGUUCGUUGCAAGGCAGUUUGGAGACACUGUGAUGAAAGUGUUUGCACCCCCUAGGAAACUUGAGAUUCGCACGUGCUCGGGUCUUGAAACCGCGGGAAGUCUAUGUGCCAGUCUCGCCAAGCAGUAAUAGUUAGCCUGCGUGGCAAGCGUUUCACAUCGAGAUAUUGCGCCAAAGUUGGAGCGAGAGCAAAAGAAAUGGAAGAAGAGAGAGAGGGGGAGGUUUUCUUUUCUGCCCUCCCCUUCCGGGGACAUUCCUCUUUUCUUGCUCUCUCCUCCCAACUUUCUCGACCAACGCGAGCGGAAACGCUUGCUACGCAGGCUAAGCAAUAAUAUGUUUUUCGUGGCCGAAAAACACACUGUUUAACUUAUUUUCAUCUUGUUAUAUCUUUGAACUUUUCUUGCUUUCUUUCAGGCUUGGAUGAUUAAUAGAAAUGCUAUUGAAAGGCGUUACAAAGUGACUCAAAUUGACCCAUUAGGGAGGGGUUGGGAAGUCGUUUUGUCGGUAAGUUGGUAAUGUAGCUACCCAUUCUGAAUCCAGACACUCGAUUUUCUGUACAAGGCUUCUUAUGUUAUUUUUAAGCCCCACGUUUGUAUUGAAUUCAUCUCUGCCUCUUCACAAUGCAGCCAUUAAGUCGCGAAAUAGAAAGCCAUGUAUUCGGAGGAGGCUUCUUUGCGCUACACAAGGUGGUUCAAACUUUUGAGUCGGGGAAUAAAAUCUUGAAGUAUGACCAUUCAAAUUAUGCUGUACAAGGUGGUUCUAACUUUUGAGCUUAUGGAUGAAAUCAUAAAUUAUAACCAUUCAAAUGAAAGCCACUGAGCAGUCCUUUUCUGUGGCACUGUUUAUUUUGGUACACAAGAUGGUUCUAAAUUUUAGGUGUGUAAAUGAAAUCAUUUCGAUGCUAAGUAUUGCUUGGCUUUAGUGCUAAGCCUUAUUUUUUUUGUUAACAGGAUCACUGGCGUCACAUCAGCGUCAGAGCUGCUUUCGGAACAGAGGAAUUUGGCGAAAUUGACGAAGCGGAAGAAGCAAUCAAAGAAGUUCAAUUCUCGCAGCCUAGUAGUUUACUGACUCCAGUUGAUCUUAGUGAAGUAGAUAUUUACAGUAUGUACAGUCGGAAUGACACACCGCAAACAACACCCGCCAGCGAGUUGGACGAGGAUGAGUUAUAUGAGGGUACUUAG